CAUGCUGGAUGUUAGGCGACUGAAGUUUUACAUAGAGAGAGAGGGUCAGUGCGGUGCUGACACUAUGGCAGAAACUUCAGAAAAAGUGCCCAUCGCUCGGGCAGGGCCGGCUGACCUGGAGCAAUGCCUCCCGCCUGCGUACGCGGUGGCCGUGAACUCUCCUGGGGGCAGCGGGAGCGGGCGCCUGCUAAAGAUCGGCGCCGUGGUCCUCAUCACCGGAGCUGCUUUGCUGGUCCUUGGAGCGAUUGGAGCUUUCUACUUCUGGAAGGUCAAUGACAAAAACAUAUACAAUAUGCAUUAUAGCAUGAGCAUCAAUGGAAAGAUAAAGGAUGGAUCUUUGGAAAUUGACACUGAGAACAACCUGGAAACAUUCAGGACUGGAAGUGGCAGUGAAGAGGCAGUGGAGGUUCACGAUUUUCAGACUGGAAUUACAGGAAUUCACUUUGCUGGAGGAGAGAAAUGUUACAUCAAAGCCCAAGCUAAAGCACACCUGCCUGAUAUUGAGAACAUGAAAACUGAAGCAAUUGCAAUUGAGCUUGAAGAUGAAAUCAUGCCUGCAAAGUUUGAAGAGGAAUCUCUCAUCUGGGUUGCUGCAAAACAGCCAGUCAAAGAUCAUGGCUUCUUGAGUCCGAAGAUUUUGGAAUUGUGUGGUGCUCUCCCUAUAUAUUGGCUGCGUCCAAUGUAUACAAAAGAAGGCCAAAGGAAGAAACGAUCAGUGGAAGAUGAUAGACCUCGAAUACUUGAACCCUACUACAAUGAGUAUGAAUAUGGCAUUGGGGCUGUAGACGAAUAUGGUCAGGUUGUGGGAGCAGCCGCUGAAGUUGACAUUGACACAACUGAUGUCCAGGCUCAGGAUGCAAGAGCAGAACAAAGAGUGAAUGACACAGCUCCAGAAGAAGGGGUUCCAUCUACUUUCAAUGCAGAAAACCCCUAUCAUCGAAUCUUAGAAGGUGAAAGUGGCACCAUGACCUUUGACACUAUGCUGGAUCACAGCGGAAUCUGUUGCGCUGAGUGCAGGCGCAGUUAUUCACAUUGCCAGCGUAUAUGUGAACCCUUGCGUGGCUACAUCCCCUGGCCUUACAAUUAUCGAGGAUGUCGUGUUGCUUGUAGAUUAAUCAUGCCAUGCACCUGGUGGGUAGGACGUAUACUUGGUUUGGUAUAAGCUGCUGAAGAAGUCCCGUUUUUGAAAUGAAGUGCAACCCAAAGGCUAAUAAUUAUUGGCUAUGAGUUUUCAUACAUGAUUAUUGUUGGAGUGAAUUUUCAAGAAGAGAUGAAAUUUAAAGUGCCUUUAUUAAAAACUAUUCAUUAAAGCACCUCGGUCAAUGACCACGUAUUUUCUGCAGAUGUACUGUUUUUGUAGAGUUUGGUUUAAAAACUGAAAUACUCCAAACCCAAUUAAAUUGUGUAAAGCUAAAUGUGGUUAGGCCAAAAGUAGAAUUACUUAAAUGACCCUGUUUAUUUAGAACAUUGUACAGAAAUUUGAAAUUGUGCAAUAAAGCAUGCAGCAACAUGUAUGUAUGUGUGCUUAGAUCCUUAUUUGUACAGAUAAUAUGAUCAAUUGGUGGUGUAUAUGUAACUCUAAGAUUAAAAAGGCCAAUGAAUACCAUAGAACUAGAUGACUAGGACUGUUAAAUGCUUUUUGUUAUUAAAUUUCUAAACUCUUCAUUUUCCAGUUAUUAAAGAAUGUUAUGCAUU